GAAAAUUAUACAUACAUAGGUUACACAUUACACAUUACAUUAGUAUUUGAGAAACUGCAUCCUUCGCAAUUGGCCAAGUAAACUACCUAACCUAACUCCACUAAUUGAACGGCCGAGCAAGCCUUGCCCAGCCCAUCCCACUUCCUGGAACUUUCCAUCAUUGACAACCACCAAAAACAUUCCAACUCCUACAACAUCCACCCCCGUUUCCUCUUCCCUCCAAUCACACCGAGAUCGCAUACCCUUUCAACCCAAAACUCAAACCCAAAAUUUGACUUCACCCAACUAUUACCAUAAUAACCUCUAUCCGAAGCUACUGCGUGGUUUAACCAAGCCAACGAGGCACGAGGCGCAAGCCUCCAUCUGCAAACCUCUGGCCAACUUUCAUAAUCACAUAGUUAAUCAGUCACGAAACAAACCGUCAAAACGGCGUCCACCAACCAACAACAAGCGCCCGCGACAGGCGGGGGCACAGCUCCAGUGACACCUAAAUCGCUGAAUCAAACCUCGGCAUCUCCAGCGACAUCUACUUCUCCUCGCGGAAUGGCUGGCUUAACCCGUCCCAUCCUGCAGUCCAUGCCGGACACGCGUCAGCAGUCGUUCGAGGAGAUCUACGGCCCCCCGGAGAAUUUCCUCGAGAUAGAAGUCCGCAACCCGCGCACGCACGGCACGUCGCGCAACAUGUACACGGACUACGAGAUAGUGUGUCGAACCAACAUCCCGGCCUUCAAGCUGCGGCACUCCUCCGUACGCCGGCGCUACAGCGACUUCGAGUACUUCCGCGACAUCCUCGAGCGCGAGAGCGCCCGCGUCACUAUCCCCCCGCUCCCCGGCAAGGUCUUCACCAACCGCUUCUCCGACGACGUUAUCGAGGGCCGUCGCGCGGGACUCGAGAAGUUCCUUAAGAUCGUUGUUGGUCACCCGCUACUUCAGACCGGCAGCAAAGUCCUGGCUGCGUUCGUGCAGGACCCUAACUGGGACCGUAACGCGUGGUGACUGCGCCUUUUCGACUCAUGGGCCAUCAAUAACGGACCACAACGCACCGGUGGCCGUCGCAUACCCCGAAAGCUGCAGAAGAGACCACCCAAACAACUCGUAGAGACUCAUUUGCAAGGGGUAUCAGCAAAACGAAGUAGCUGGGGGACCGAGACGACAUUACGAUGACAAACGAAAGAAAACCGCCUAUAUUGCCGAACCGAGCUUUUUACGGAUACGAGGACAAGGACAAGGACAAGGACAAGGAAAUGUUAAUGUGUACAUCGAUUUUCAUGACGCCGCCCACGUGGACAUAGCUAUAGCUGACUUGGUCAAGAUGCUGUCUGAAGUCGUCUGAGAGAGAGAAUGAUCAGACUAGGUACUAGUAGUCGAGAAAGACUCAUUUCGUUGAUUUUACCUAUAUUAAUAUAAUCUUCACCUUCCAUCGUCGCCGUGUUCUUCUACCUGAGCUUUAAGUCGUCAUGCAGGUACUUGACACAGGAAAUAUUAUA